GUUGAUGAAUUUCCAAAGCUUACGAGUGUUGGAUGUAUCAAGUUGUGGGUUGAAGGAGGUACCACCUUCAAUAAGAAAAUUGAAACAUUUAAGGUACCUUGACCUCUCAAAUAAUUCGUUUGAAGUGUUGCCUGAGUCUAUCACUAGCCUCUACAAUUUACAGACGUUAAAACUCAAAGGUUGCUAUAGACUCCGAGAGCUUCCCAAAGAAAUGGGAAAGAUGGUUAGCCUGAGACAUUGAACUUUGGGUCGAAUGCAUUAAGAUGCCAGUUGAGAUGGGGAGAUUGACUAAUCUUCAAACAUUAACAAGAUUUAUUGUUGGCAAAGAUGGAGGAGGAGGACGCAGUAUUAAACAGCUCAAGUGCUUGAAUAAUCUCAGAGGAGAAUUGACCAUAAGUGGUCUGGAGAAUGUAACAAUAGAAGAAGCCAGGGAGGCAGACUUGAGAGGGAAGCAAAAUAUUCAUUCUCUACAAUUAUGGUGGGGUACUCAAAGAAGUGACAAUGGCAAAAUGGAUGAUGAUGAUGAUGAUGAUGUGUUAGAAGGCCUAAAACCUCAUCCAAACUUGAAAAGUUUUUUUAUCAGUGACUUUGGCGGUACAAAAUACCCAACAUGGAUGGCACCAAGUACUGGUUUGUCAGCAUACAAAAAUUUGAUUGAGCUCCGAAUACAAGAUUGCCCUAGAUUGGAAUAUGUCCCACCCAUGCUUGGGGAGCUAGCCUUUCUUAUAGUUCUUAAAUUAACUGGAAUGGAAAAGGUGAAAUGUAUUGGUCGAGAAUUCUAUUAUGGCAGCAAUAACAACAGUUGUAGUACCUGUGGUACUGGAGCAACUUCUUCUUCUUCUUCAGAGACGGUUGUAGCAUUUCCAUCGCUCAAUAAUCUAACGCUAUCUGGAAUGUUUAAUUUGGAAGACUGGUUGGAAGUGUUGCCUUCAUUUCCAUCUCUUGAGAUAUUGAUUCUCAAAUCAUGCCCUGAGCUGAAAAUCAUGCCAAGUCGAUUCCCUUCCCUCAAACGCUUGCAGUUUUGGAGUACAAAUAGGAUGGCACUAAGGUCAUUUUCAAGCAACCUUAUCUCUGUCAAGGUUCUUCAAAUUUAUUACUGUGAAGAACUCAAAUGGGUGCCGGAGAGGUUGCUACAAAACAAUGCACAUGUUCUUGAGAGCAUGAUCUUCUAUCAAUGCGACAAGCUUGAAACAAUUUUCCCAAGUAGUCAAGGACGACAGGAGGGAUCAUCUCCCCUGCCCACACCCCUAGUCUUUCCGUCUCUUAAAGUAUUGGAAAUAUAUAAAUGUCCUCUAUUAAAGUCUUUGCCAGACUUAAGGGGAAUGACUUCUCUUCGACAGUUGUUUUUGUAUGGCUUUAAGGAAUUGAAGUCACUACCAGAGGGGUUGCAUCGGCUCACUAUGCUUGAGUUUUUAGAAAUUGGUCAGUUUUCAGAGAAGGGGCUGCAGCUGGAUUACAUAAAAGGAGAAGAGGAUCUCCAAAACCUUGUCUCCCUUCGAGGACUAAGACUUUAUGGGUGGCCUCAGCACAAGAAUCUCCGAGAUCAACUUAAGCACCUCACCAAUUUACUAUUUUUAAGGACGGCAGCGGACUACCUAACAAAUAUGGCUUGUGAAUUGGCGUCUGAUUCAUUGUUUCAUGGAACUACUAGUUUACCUUAG